AUGGCAUCUCAACAACAAACCGACAGACCAAACAAUGAUCGCCCUGCGUUGAACCGGCGGCCACUGGACAUUGUCAUGAGCGACUACACACACUACGAGCUGAACGAGAACCUCGAGAUCGAAAAGUGGUAUCGACCAGCAGCUCCACCAGCUCCGGCGCCUGAGGUGUUGUUGCUGCCAACGAGCCCCGAGGAGAGACAAGACAGAAGCUUGGAGCUACGGGCCAGGUGGGAAGAGCAACCCGAGGUGUCGAAAGACAAGGUUCCUGACCAGCUUGCCGAGGCAGAAUGCAAGUCAACCCAAAUGCCCCCAACCUCUUCAUCUAAUAUCACGGGUUAUGAGGAGCCCUCGGAGAUGGACUGGCCGGUGAAGCUGCCGUCGCGCGCUCAGCUCACGCGUAUGGCGUACCGCAGGCCCAGGCCGAGGCCGAACAGCGUGGCUGCCAAGGCGAGGGAGCGCGGCGGAGCGGCCAGGCCGGAGCCGGUGUUUUGGGGCAACGGCCAGCGGCGGGUCACCUUGGGGAAGGACUACAAGGCCAGUCGCAUGAUCAAAUACAUACUUGAUGGUGCGAGGGCCAAAGCAGGGGCUAGAGCAUCGGGAGGAAAUAGGAGGUUGAGGAUGGCUGCUAAGAACAAGAUGCCAUGA